UUUAUUUCUUUAUUAUACAUAAGUAUACUGUUGCUGUCUUCAGACACACCAGAAGAGGGCGUCCGAUCUCAUUACAGAUGGUUGUGAGCCACCAUGUGGUUGCUGGGAAUUGAACUCAGGACCUCUGGAAGAGCAAUCAGUGUCACUGAGCCAUCUCUCUAGCCCAGCAUUAACUCUUGUUUUUUAAUUUUUUAAUUAAUUUUUAUUUAUAUGAGUAUACUGUCACUGUCUUUAGACACAUCAGAAGAGGGCAUCAGCUCUCAAUACAGAUGGUUGUGAGCCACCAUGUGGUUGCUGGGAUUUGAACUCAGGGCCUCUGGAAGAGCAGCCAGUGCUCUUAACUGCUGAGCCAUCUGUUCAGCCCUAACUCUUUAAUUGCUAUUGUAACACUGAAUUAUCCCACAGAGCAAAAGUCAUCCAGAGCUGAGAAGGCCCUUAAAACAACCUGUAGGGCCAGCAGUAGGGCUCAGCAGGUAGCAGGCGCUUGCUGCUACAAGGCCUGAUGACCUGAGUUCGACCCCAAGACUUUGAUGGAGGAGAGAAGGAGAGACUUCUGCGAGUUGCCCUGUGAUCCCCACGGACCCUUUCACAAGCACACUAUAAAUAACAUAACAAAAACUUUUCAGGAAAGAGAACUGAUAAUCCCUCAUAGAAUUUACGGCCUUCUGGCAAACUCUGGCUCGUGUUUUAAAACCCAGCCGCCACAGCUGCAGGGCCAUAUCCUAGUUUUUUUCUGACAAUGAAUAAGACUUCUUGGGGUCAAACCCUGGAUUUGAUUAGUGGAAAAUGAGAGGCUUUAGGAGCUUAGAACUCGUGACUAUUGAAAGCUUAGAACAUCCCCCGCCCCCCAGGAAGGGAGGGCACCCCAGUAUAGAGGUCUGUAAAUGAACAGGGAAGGGCAAAGGAAUUUGGUCCCAACCUCCCAUCCAAACCCACACUUCUGUGAACACGGGGCUUUUCACAGCUGUUAAUCCAUGCACGUCUCACCCCCAUCGCCUGGAGACCAGUUUGCAGAAGUCAGUAACUAGACUGAACACCACACCGUUUAGCCAGGCCUAGUACUCAAAAGCGCAACCUCAUCCCAACGCUAGAGAUUUUGGACCGUCUGCUGCUCUCUGGAGCCCCCUGCCGGCCGUGGAGGAAAUGGAGCUAAGAAGACCUACAGUUCCCUCUCAGGUCCUUAGCUACAAGAGUUCCAGUUUAGCUCAGGAGGCUUUGUCCCGCCGACUGAAGAUCCUAUCCGGGACCCGGUGUCCUCGGCCUCUGCACUCCAUUCUCACGUGAGGUUUAGUGUAGUCUGGGUUCCUCACCAUGCACUGUAUUUUUCGCUGCUUCCGGGCGCCCAGCGAGACUAUGGAUCAGGAACACCAACAUCACUCCCGGUCACGCAGAGGACACAGGGCGGAGAAUUGCAAAAGGAGAAGAGGUGGGAAGGGGAGGGAGCACUGCCCAGCCUGGCAACCUGACCUUCUAGGGCUAACCACUCCCCGCAGAGACACAGCCGAGGGACUAUGAGAGAGGUAGGUGACCGGUGGCCUAGGCACCAAUCAGUCCCGUUGUCCCUACUGGGAAGCUACCGGCUUCGCAUUACAGCAUCUCAAAGCCAUUGGCUAAGUCGUGUCCAAGAGGGACUUGACCGGGACUCCAAGAAUCUCAGCCGCUGUCCUUCUUGUCCUGUUUUCCUACAUAAAUGUCUGGAGCAAUUUUUGCGCCUCUGGAGGGCCUAGGUGCCCUGGAUGCUGCAAGUGGCCAUCCACUCGUGUGUCCACUGUGCCACACACAGUACGAGCACCCGUGCCUGCUGGACUGUUUCCACGACUUCUGCGCUGGCUGCUUGCGUGGCCGGGCCACCGAUGGCCGCCUGUCCUGCCCACUGUGCCAGCAUCAGACCCUGGUGAAGGGGCCCAGUGGCCUCCCUCCAGCGGACCGGCUGCUGCAGUUCCUGGUGGACAGCUCCGGGGAUGGCAUAGAAGCUGUGCACUGUGCCAACUGUGACCUGGAGUGCAGCAAGCAGGACGCAGAGACCACGUACUUCUGCAACACCUGCGGGCAGCCCCUGUGCGCGCGCUGCCGCGAAGAGACGCACCGCGCGCGCAUGUUCGCGCGCCACGACAUUGUAGCCCUGGGCCAGCGCAGCCGGGACUUCAUCCAGAAGUGUAAGCUGCAUUCGGAGCCCUACAUCGUGUUUUCUACCGACAAGAAGUCGCUGCUGUGCAUCCGCUGCUUUCGGGACAUGCAGGGGGAGAGCCGGGCCCACUGUGUGGACCUGGAGUCAGCUUAUGUGCAAGGUUGCGAGCGGCUGGAGCAGGCAGUGCUGGCAGUGAAGGCUCUGCAGACCGCCACGAAAGAGGCCAUCGCGCUGCUACAGGCCAUGGUGGAGGAGGUGAGGCACAGCGCCGCUGAGGAGGAGGCUGCCAUCCACGCACUCUUUGGCAGCAUGCAGGACAGACUGGCAGAGAGGAAAGCAUUACUGCUGCAGACUGUGCAGAGCCAAUAUGAAGAGAAGGACAAAGCCUUCAAGGAACAGCUGACCCACCUGGCCUCCUUGCUGCCCACCCUGCAGCUUGGCCAGCAAAGCCGAGUUUCUGGAUCUGGGUUAUGUGAGUGUCUCCAGCUCCUGCAGGAACCCCUCUCCCCUGCCCUCACUAGAGUCCGCCCUGCAUAGAGGCUGCACGUCUCACAUCGCCUGCAGGCUGACUGGGGAGGCUCUAGGCUUCCCUUCCACUACAAGACGGGGUGAAUCCCUUCUAAAAGGGCGGUGAGCAUGAGCCUCUCUGUUCCACCGAACUGCAGCGCCUGUCUGCGGGAGCCCCACCUCCCUUCCUACGGGUGUGGGUGGCCUGUUUCUCAACCAGUCCUAGCGGAAGGCUGAAACUUCUCAGAGAGACGAGGUCAAACGUCCACUAGACUAGCUCCAGGGCCUUCCCAAGUCCUCCGCUUCUCUCUCCCACCCUUGCUGCCACCUUCUUGUCACACCUGAGCUCUUCCCCUGUGGCAGGAGCUGAUGGAGAGACUUCAAGGCAUAGUCACGCGGCCGCAUCGUCUAAGACCGGCUCAGAGCAGCAAGGUGCGCGGGCGACCCGUCGGGAGUCGGGGCCGGGAGACACCGGGUUAGGAAAGAGCAGUUCAUGACCCAAUCCCCGGUCCAGAUCGCCAGCGACCACCGCGCAGAAUUCGCGCGCUGCCUGGAGCCGCUUCUGCUGCUGGGGCCCCGCCGCGCUGUGUCCACCGUGGGCGGCGCCAACACGUGAGCCAACCAGGCGGGCGAGCGGAAUCACUGAGAAUGGCUCCGGCACCACCCUUCCCCUCCAGAGCGUCCAGUUCCGCACUUGGGGUCUGGACCAGGCCACAGCCUGAGAAGGAGGGAUGUGGACUAGCUCUAGAGAACGCUGGAAGCCCGGGCAGGCGAGCAGCUUAGUCAGGAAGGGCUGAGAGACUGUCUGGGUGCUCCUCAGCUCCUGCACAGCCUCCUGAAGCAGGCUGGGCAGGACAUUUUGGGGGUGGGGCGUGGAGUGUUAAAGUGAAUCCGAGUUGAAAGCCAGAGCCUCGGAGGGAUUAGAACUUGUGAAGCCAGUAUGUAUAGGGCUGGGCCCUCGGAGCAGCCCAGAGCCAAGAGAACCAGCAAGUGAGACCAGUCGUUAGUUCAGACCUUGUCAUGGGAGUGAGAGCACCUCGGUGUACCCAGAUCCAACCGGAGGGCGGGUGGCUUUUAGAAACCACCAAAUCACGUGGUUGCCCUUCCUUUGGCCUUGCUAGGGGCCCCUGAGAGUUUCCAGAGGUUCCAUCCUGCAGGUGGGUUGAGGGGCCAGUGGCUCCCUGAGCAGCCAAGGGAGUCGGAGGAGGGGAAGACCAACCCUCUCCCUAUGCACACUGGCUUUCUCCGCAGGUUGGCAGGGGGCUCAAGCCCUAAGGUGUUGAAGACACAGAGCUGUCCCUCCCCCGUGGGAAAAAUGUCAGGGUCACCUGUCCAGAAACCCUCGCCACACCGUUUCAUUAGCACGAAGGUGCUCUUGGCCGAGGGCGAGGACACACCCUUCACGGAGCACUGCCGCCAUUAUGAGGAUUCCUAUCGGGUGAGGGGGUUGGGCAGCAGUAGGGUUGUGAGUCCCCACCCCUUCUUCGUUAAGAUUUAGCUCAGUGGUAGAGCGCUUGCCUAGCAAGCGCAAGGCCCUGGGUUCGGUCCCCAGCUCAAAAAAAAAAAAAAAAAAAAAAAAAAAUUCAGCCUCCACCGGAGGACCCGGCAGUCUCCACGCCCCCUCUCAUCUCCGGCCACAGGGUCUGCAGCUGGAGGUGCAGAACCUGAAGGACCAGGUCCAGGAACUGCACCGAGACCUCACCAAGCACCACUCCCUC